CUUUGCACUUGUAUGAAGAACAAUGCUAAAUAGAUGGAAAGUGUCAAUCCUACGCAUUAUACCAAGAAACAUGAAUAUACUUCCAGGUAGUAUCAGAGCAAGGAUGGCAACUGGCAGUGAUGAUGACAAUGGCCCUUAUGAUGGUGAUCAGAGAGCUAGAGCCCUUGAACCAAGGGACGAUGCAUUGCAACGUUUAGGGCAGCAUUUUGAGCAAUUACUAGAGCAACGGGUGGACCACAGAUUCGAGCGUAUAGAAAGAAGUCUCAAAGAAAUUGUGCACCAUCUUGGCGCUUUAGAAACUAAUACAAACAAGGAUCGAGUGGCAAAUAGAAGGCCAAAAGAUGAUGUAGCUCAUGGUGACCCUAUUUAUCGAACAAUUCCCGCUCGUAGGCAAUAUGUCUAUGAUGAAGACUCGAAAGAGGAGGACGUCUAUUAUUCCCAUGAUUAUCCUAAGCAUUGGCAGCAAGGUGAUUAUGGGAGAAGAGUUGUUCAUGGUUAUGAUAGGAGGGAGAACAAGGAUUUUCAGCUCAAAGUUGAUAUUCCCAACUUCAAUGGGAGUCUCAACAUCGAGAAAUUUCUAGAUUGGAUAGCUGAUGUGAAAAGAUUCUUCGAUUACAUGGAGACAGCUCUAGAAAGGAGGGUGAAAGUAGUAGCUUGUCGGUUGAAAGGUGGUGCUUCUGCUUGGUGGGAGAGAUUGCAACUAGAACAGCUUGGUGCCAACCACCUAGGAUGAAACUAGAACAGCUUGGGAGUCUGCUCCUGAAAUCUGGUCAUUGAAAUCCUCGUCGUUAGCCUCCAUGCGCCAUCGCAAUAUCACUAGACUUUGUACAUGCGUUGGCGUGUGAGAGAUAUUCUCGCCACCUUUCUUGCCAGAGUCAACACCGAUCAACUCGUCCUUGACCGACGAGUCUUCUUAGCUACAAAACAGCUCCGGUCUCCUUGGUCUCUCAACUCCAAAGACAAAAGCUUCUACUUCCACAUUGUUUCAGAGUUGUUUCAUUCAAACAAUUCUUUUCAAGUGUAAUUUUCAAUAGCACUCUUAGCAUGACUAAAAAGACUAGUUCCUCCAAUACAGGUGACUCUAAGCCAAUUUUCUCUUCUUUUUCUAAUUCUCCGAUAAUUACUACUAUUAAACUGCAAGGUAGUAAUAAUUAUAUGUCAUAGUAAGCC